AUGGCCGAACAACCAUCAUCGCAUUCGGUUUCAUCCACCGAUAUAGCGGUAGAAAAUAAAGAGAAGCGGAUAUGGUAUCACUCGACGCUCUUCAAUGCCUUUGUCAUCGGUGGAGUGGGCUUUAUGGCGCCCGGCUUGUGGAAUGCGAUGAAUUCCUUGGGUGCUGGUGGCGCGCAGUCGCCGUUCUUGAUCAAUGCUGCCAAUGCGUUGGUUUUUGGCCUUAGGCAACGUUUGGUUUGUGCUUGUUGGAGCGGUAGCCUGUGGUUUGUCGUAAGUAUGAGAAAUCCGGUCGACAGCUAUCCAUUCUCUUACGCAACAACCAGGGCGGGUCUUUUCUGGGCUUCUGAGGGUGCUGUGGCAUUGGGAUAUCCGGAGCCAACAAAGCGGGGCAGAUAUAUGAAUUCUGCUGAAGCGAAGAGCAAAGGAAAGGUUGACUCACAGACUUAUCUCAUCUUCGUCGCAUUACAGUGCCUCUCCAUUCCCCUGGCGAUAUUUCUCUCGCCACCUGAGAAGGUCCAGCGUAGUGAUGGGAGUAAAGUGAGGAUUGUUCUGCAGGACUCAUGGCGUGCGGAGAUGCGGGAGCUUUGGAAGCUUUCUUUUCGAAGAGAAGUUCUUCUGCUGUUGCCGAUCUUCUGGGCGGCGUACUUUAACCAGUAUAGUGGAAACUUCACGACCUAUUACUUCGGUGUCAGAGCCCGUGCUUUGAUCGGCUUUGUCAGCAACUUCGCAAGGUUGUUAUCCUCGGGGAUGAUUAGUCGGUUCCUUGACUAUAGAGGAAUCACAAUCAAAAACCGGGUCACAUACAGUUUCUUCUACGUCAUCCUCGUACACAUCGCCACCUGGGUCUACGCCUGGGUAAUACAAGAGAAGUACACUGCGAACCCACCCUCAUACGACUGGUCCGACAAGGGCUUCACCGAGGGGCUCUUCGUUAUCCUUCUCUGGGAAUUCUCCCAACAAGCACUCCAAAACUGGCUCUACUACCUAGUCUCCACAAUGACCGACAACAUCUCAGAACUGGCCCGGUACUCUGGCGUCCUCCGUGGGCAGGAAAGUUUUGCCCAGGCCGUUUCAUUCGGCAUCAACACGAGAAACUGGUAUGGCGGACGAGUUCCCCUUGCUGUGAAUACUAUUUUGCUUGGUCUCGCGGCAUUCCCAACCUGGUUGGUUGUUAGGCGCUAUGCUCCUAUCGAGCAUGAUCAGCAAGCCACUGUAGGCCAAGAUGAAGAACAGGGCCCUGUACGACACUCUGUUGGUACGGACCAUGGGGAAAAGAAUAUAGUGAGGGAAACAGUUGAGGCGAAAUAA